GGCAAGGGGAAGGGAAGGGAAGGGUGGGCUAUAGUAGAGGGACCAUGGCUGCGAUUCAUUGAAGGGGGGCAAAUACCAAGCGAGACACACUCGCCCGAGCUGAGGUCCUUCAUCGGAGGGGUGGGAGCUUCGCGGCGCCCAUGGAGGCUAUGACGAUGGAGGAGCAGAACUAGACAGGCCCCGUCGAUGGCGCCUUCCGCUGCUUCCUCGGCCGAGCACCAUCGUCGCUCCACCUUCGGGGUUGUCGACGCCGCACCCAUGGUGGUGGCGGUGACGACGACGGCACCAUCGGUGGCACCGUCGAAGUCGACGACAAAUCAGCAGAAUCAGCAUCAUCACCAUCCUAACAGGGCUGGCGCCCCUCUCUCCGCCCUUUCUAUGCUUCCGUCCGGUAUGGGCACUCCGCCCAUGGAUGUUGUCGGACAUCGCCGCACGUUUUCGACGUCGUCUGCUCACGGAAUACUCCCACAGGUUGUGGAUGAUAUAAGUGGGAAUAAUGAGAAGAAGGUGCAUCUUCUUAGUCGGUCGCUUUCGGGGUCGACGCUGAAUGCAGGAGCACCCGAAUUUGUUCCGAAGGGUCUGCAAAUAGCUUUUUCUACGUCUUUACCGGGACCAGGGCUCGCUCCAGGAUUAGGGUUGAGUCCUCCGUCUUUGAUUCAAUCUCCGUCAUCUGUGAUUCCUGUGAUAACACCCCCGCCGUCUGUAGCGAUCGCUUCUGUGGCGGAAUUUGGUCCUACGGUAGAGGAGCAUAUUUCUGUGUCUCCGACUAGUAUUGAUCAGGUUCCAGCAAAAGAUGGCACAGAUACCACCGAUUGCACCGAUGUCGUGCCGGCAGGAGAGCACAGUAGUAAGAGCGACCAGGCUCAACCAGGUGCAACUGCCGUGGCGCAACCUACGAAACCAGUGCUGACGGAGGAGACUAAGGCUAAGAUUGUGAAGCAGGUGGAGUUUUACUUCAGCGACACAAACCUUCCAACAGACAACUACCUGAUGAAGUUUGUGAAGAAGGAUUCAGAAGGCUUUGUCCCAAUUCCGGUGGUGGCGUCGUUCAGGAAGAUUAAGAACCUCGUGAAGAAUCAUGGGGUUUUGGCAGCAACCUUGCGAAAUUCGACACAGUUGGUGGUAAGUGAGGAUGGGAAAAAGGUCCGGCGAGCUCACCCACUUCCAGAAGUUGAUCUAGAGGAAAUCCAGGCGCGUACAGUAGUAGCUGAGAACUUGCCAGAGGACCACUCUAUUGAAAGCCUGGAGCAGUUGUUUGGUAAAGUUGGCACAGUGAAGAUGGUUCGGAUCUGUUCUCCAGAAGCCGCCAAUGGAGCUAAUGCGACCGGCGCGAAGCAUCCGAAGACUGACAUGCUGGUUAGCAAUAAGUUGCACGCUCUGGUCGAGUAUGAAACUGUGGAGCUUGCUGAGAAAGCUGUGGCAGAGCUGACAGAUGAGCGGAAUUGGAGAAGCGGGCUGCGUGUGCGUUUGCUGCUGCGCCGCCAGUUUCAGGGCAAACACAACUACCAGCAGGCCCCUCAUCAGCGAACGCGCAAGCCAAGCAUGGACAACGUCGACCUGGCUAUGGAAGAGGAAGAAGGUGAAAAGCUGGAUAAGAGCGGCGACAAAACUCAUGACAAGGGUAGUGAGGAGCUGGCAGGCCAACAUCAUCAUGCAGAUCGCGGAGAAGAUAACACGGGUGAGAGCGGAGAUCAGGUGGGUAAGAAAGGGAGAGGUCGAGGUCGAGGUGGUAGAGCGGGCGGGGGAGGUCGGGGACGUGGACAGCAAUUUUACAACACGCAUUCGGGAACACCGCCUCGGGACAACAGCUUACAUUUGGUAAGCGAGCUAGUAGGAAAGCCACCGCCAGGGCCACGCAUGCCGGACGGAACGCGGGGGUUUUCGACGGGCAGGGGGAAGACUCUGGCUGUGAACACUGCUGUGAACUCGAUGGCGUAGUAAUAGAGGGGUUGGAUAAAAGAAAGCGUGGUUUGGAGUUGGUACCCAAUUGGAAUGGUGGAGCGUUGUGGCUCCCAGCGAAUGGGAUGUGUUUUGUGGCGAAGGGACUGAGAGGUGUUUCAGUUUGGAUUUGUGAAAAAACAUCAAUUGGAUGAGUCGAUGUACAUACUUUGUUGAAUGAGUACAAUCCGCCUACUCCUUUUGUUUCCGAAA